GACGUUUUUUAAAGCAUUACAAAAUAACUAGAUUGAAAUGCAUUUGUAAAACAUUUUGUUUUACAAAUAAUUGGAUUGGGGUUCACAAAUGCUAUCUAAGCAUGAUCUGACUACAUAUUUUGCAAAAGCUUUGAUGACAAUUCCUAUUCCAUCUAUCUGCGGUCAAAAUUAAAAACAAAAAAUUAACAAAGCCGUGAUACAACUUCUAUUAAUCAACAUUCUUAAUACGAUUUAUUUAAAAUGAAUAGAGCAUACUCUAAAACGCAUUUUUGAAGACUUUUAACGGGAAAAAUAUUCAACUACCAGAGGCUUAAAAGUUUGCCAACACCUUUUCACAGCACAUUAAUUGCCAAAGUUACCAUGACAUCAACCAUUAAAAGGGCGAAACUAAACAAAUAAAAAUAAACACAGCGGAAUUAGAGAUUGACUGAAACUGAACAUGCAGUUGGUCCAGUGGUGCAGUCUGCUGGUCAUCGUCCUGGCCACCGUCAUUCGGCAGGUGUCCCUGGGCAUUAACUCAAACGAGCGCCGUUUCCAGUGCCUGCAGUCUCGGAUGCUCGGCCAGACCAACUGUUCGCCGUGCGCCGAGCUGUACGUCUUCAACCGGACUUCCGGCUACCGGCGGUGCGAGCACGUCAACGGGCGGUGCUAUCCACAGCGGACCGUCUUCGCCACAGCCCGUCUGUGCGAGAUCAUCUGCCAGCCGUACAUCCAGCGACCCACGCUCCACGAGUUCACCACCCCGGUGGCACCCGUCAUAGAGCCCUACUUAGACAGCGACGAGGAAUUCCAGUGA